UCUCCAAUUCCAUAAGAUCUUGUAUUACUAAUUUGAAUACGAGAUAAUACGUUUGGAAUUCUUCCUGUAACCAGUUUCCUGUCUUCAACAAUAGCUGGAAUUGUGGUAGUUUUCGAUUUUGACAAGACGAUUAUCGACUGCGAUAGCGAUAAUUGGGUGGUCGACAAUUUGGGUUUUACCCAGUUGUUCAAUGAGCUUUUGCCUACAAUGCCUUGGAACUCUCUCAUGGAUAGGAUGAUGAGGGAGCUUCACUCUCAAGGGAUUACAAUCGAGCAGACUGAGGACUGUUUGAAACGGGCUCCAUUGCAUCCCCGGAUCAUAACAGCCAUUAAAUCAGCCUACGCUCUUGGGUGUGAAUUGAGGAUUCUGAGCGAUACAAAUCGAUUCUUCAUCGAGAUAAUCCUGAAACAUCAUGGGCUGAUGGAUUACUUCUCUGAGAUUAACACGAACCCAGGUUUUGUCGAUGAAGAAGGGAGGCUUAGGAUCUGCCCUUUCCAUGAUUUAGGUUAG